AUGAAGGCAUGGUCCGGUUACCUGCUGGGAUGGAUGGCCUUCCUGCUGUAUCCCGCUGAGAGCAGUGGGAGUAAGAAAGACUCCUGCGUCUUUCCCUUCAUCUACAAAGGGUCCACUUAUUUCUCCUGCACCAGAGUCAAUAGCUUCUUUCCUUGGUGUGCAACCAGAGCCGUUUAUGAUGGAAACUGGAGGCACUGUGAAAAGGAAGAUUACCCGCGAUGUAUCUUCCCUUUCACCUAUCGUGGAAAGCCCAGCAACACCUGCAUAACAGAAGGCAGCUGGAUGGGAAGGCUGUGGUGCUCAGUGACGUCCAGUUUUGAUGAAAAGCAGCAGUGGAAAUACUGUGAAGAAAAUGAAUACGGGGGAAAUUCCUUCAGCAAGCCCUGCAUCUUCCCCUCCAUCUACAGAAACGACAUGGUCACUGAGUGUAUUGAUGACGGAAGCCACCUCUGGUGCCCAACCACCGAGAACAUGGACAAGGACGGGCAAUGGAGCAUCUGUGCCGAUACCAGAAUUUCAUCAAUGGUUUUUGGCCCUCCUUGUCACUUCCCGUUCAGCUAUAAAAACAAGAAUUAUUUCAACUGCACUACCAAAGGCUCAAAGGAUAACCUUCUAUGGUGUGCAACCUCUUACAACUAUGACCGGGACCGCACCUGGGUGCAGUGCUGA